UGUGUGUGUGUGUGUGUGUGUGUGUGUGUGUGUGUGUGUGUGUGUAACAGAGAGAGAGAGAGUCAUGAAGUCGGUCCUGCUGCUGGUUCUCCAGCUGUUCUCCUGGACCGGCGGAUCCCCCUGCUGUACCUGGUUCCGGCCCCCUGAUGGACCCGUGGACCGGGUCCAGGACCGGGACCAGGACUGGGACCAGCUCCAGGACCAGGUCCAGGACCUGGCCCUGGAGCUGGACGGCUCCGCCGUGCUGCACCGCCUGGACCCGCGCUACCUGUCCGUCACCGUGGACGCCAGCCUGGCCGCCCAGGAGAAGUUCAUGCUGCUGCUCAGGUCUGAGAAGAUCCGGACUCUGGCCAGAGCUUUGAGUCCGGCGUUCCUGCGGUUCGGGGGGACCAGACAGGACUUCAUGGUGUUCACGCCUGAGAAGGAGCUGCAGCUGGAUCCAGAUGUUUCUGGAGGCCUCGCAGGGCCGUGCGUGUCGUGUCCAGGGCCGUGCGUGGACGCCCGGCUGCCCUGGUGGUGGGAGGAGAGGCUGAAGGCCGACUGGACCCGGCAGCAGCAGGUUCUGGUCCGGGAGGACCUGCAGAGGAAGUACCGGAGGAUCGGGUUCUCAGAGCUCACCGUGGACAUGCUGCACUCCUUCAGCAGCUGCUCCGGGCUGGACCUGAUCUUCGGCCUCAACGCGCUGCUCCGGACCGCCGACAACAGCUGGAACAGCAGCAACGCCGACAUGCUGCUGCGGUACUGCCAGGCCAGGCGCUACCGGCUGGACUGGGAGCUGGGCAACGAGCCCAACAGCUUUGAGAAGAAGGCCGGGAUCCGGGUGGACGGGUAUCAGCUGGGACUGGACUUCACUCAUCUCAGAAAGAUGAUGUCAGAGUCCGAGCUUUACCGGGAUGCAGGGCUGUACGGGCCGGACGUGGGCCAGCCGCGGGACCACCGGGCCGACAUCCUGGAGGGCUUCCUGCAGAGCGGCGCUGACGCCGUGGACGCCUUGACCUGGCAUCAUUACUAUGUGAACGGGAGAGACACCUCUCUGGAGGAUUUCCUGGAUCCUGAAGUCCUGGACACUCUGGCCUUGAAGACCAAUGAAGUCAUGGAGAGGGUGAAGGAAGCGUCUCCUGGGAAGGCGGUGUGGCUCGGAGAGACCAGUUCAGCUUACGGGGGAGGAGCGCUUGGACUGUCUGACACGUUUGUCGCCGGAUUCAUGUGGAUGGAUAAACUGGGUCUUGCCGCCAGACUGGGCCUGGGUGUGGUGAUGCGGCAGGUGCUGCUCGGUUCUGGGAGUUACCACCUGGUGGACGAGAACCUGGACCCUCUUCCUGAUUACUGGCUGUCUGUUCUGCACAAGAAGCUGGUUGGGCCGGAGGUUCUGAAAGCUCAGGCGGUUUCUGGUGUUGGCCGAAGUAAACGAGUGAGAGUGUACCUGCACUGCGCUAGCAAGACCAGCUACGGAGGCGGAGCCGUGGUGUUGUUGGCCAUGAACAUGAGCAAGAAGCCGGCAAGGAUCUCCGUUCCCGCCCUGGUGUCCAACAGCACAGUGGACGCUUUUGUCCUGCAGUCGGAGCAGCGCGGGGAGGAGGGACUGCUGUCCAGGUCUGUGCAACUGAACGGACGACUGCUGAAGAUGGUGGAUGAUAAAACCCUGCCCCCCCUGACGGGAGAGCAUCUACCUGCAGAAGAUCACCUGCAGCUUCCUGCAUACUCUCUGGCGUUCUUCGUCUUUGUGGAUGCCGGGGUGGCAGCCUGCCACUGACGCCGGCUCGGACUCUGCAGCUGCUCCAGAUACCUGCGGAUAAUCCACCAUCAGACUGAACUCUGAAACCUGAUGUGGAUCAGCUAUAUCUAUAAAUUAUUCUGCAGGACCUUUUUUUAUGGAAAAUGUUUCUCUAAUACAGGAAUGUCUCAGAAAAUGUGAAUAUUGUGAUAAAGUUCUUUAUUUUCUGUAAUGCA